ACCCCUAAAGUAGAAACCUUGGUCUAUGGUAUUCUUCUUAGUCUACGGUAUUCUUCUUAGUCUACGGUAUUCUUCUCAGUCUUUGGUAUUUAAGUGGAUGGAAUGGAUCGCGGUGUAAUCGUCCCAUUGGCUAACACGAGCGGAGUAAACUUAAUUCCGGCGUGCCGUAAUCGGGCGAUGAAUGACAGGCGCUCUGUGCCCAGGAGGGGGGGCGAAAAAGUGAGGUGCGUCGCGAAUUCAGAGUCAGAGCCUGCGGGAGUUUCGCGCUUCUAUUAUUCUGGUAAGAAUUUGCUUUGCUCCUAUCAAAAUAUUUAGGCGCCGUAAUCUUCCCCUCUACUCUCUUAUGGCGCCACGUAAAUUGAAUUUAACUGCUCACCCUACCACCUCACCAUUCCAAUUAGACUCCAAGUCUUUAUUCUGAUU